AGCUGGAGUAGCGCCGUAUUUAUAUACCAAUAUCAACGCCUGCAAAUCUGGGGAUGGUCAGCAAACUCUGCACAACGUCGCAAGAAACGAUCCAGCACAAUGGAGAAAUCACCGGGCCUUGUCGAGGACAUCCACUCCUCCAACUCUCAGAUGGGCUCGGAAAAGGGGUCCGCUCCCGCUGCCUAUCCCGAGCACGCCGUCGAUGCGUCAGGUCAGCCAGUCUACGACGAUGCCGAAGUGCGCAGAAUUAGGCGAAAGAUCGAUUGGCGACUCCUGCCAAUGCUCACCUUCCUCUACCUCGCCUCGUUCGUCGACAGAAGCAACAUCGGUAAUGCCGCCAUUGCGGGCAUGAACGAGGAUCUCGCCCUCACUGGUGGGCAGUACAACCUUGCCCUUACCUUGUUCUUCAUUCCCUACGUCAUCUUCGAGGUACCUGCCAACAUUGUCCUCAAACAUAUGAGGCCUUCUUGGUGGAUCGGCAUCAUUACGACUGCCUGGGGACUGGUUGUCACAUUCCAGGGCUUCGUCACCACCCACGAAGAACUUUAUGCCGUCCGAUUCAUCCUUGGUAUCGCCGAAGCCGGCUUCUUCCCUGCGGCAGCGUUCCUCCUCACGAUCUGGUACUGUCGUUUCGAGAUCCAGACCCGUUUUGGAAUCUUUUACCUGGCGACAUCCAGCGCCGGAGCCUUCUCAGGUCUCUUGGCAUAUGGUUUGCAAUUCAUGGACGGCCUAGGAGGCAAAGCGGGAUGGCGCUGGAUCUUCAUCAUCGAGGGCAUCAUCACCGUCGUUGCCGGUGUCGCCGUGCCAUUCGUGCUCCCAGACUCGCCUGACCGAGUGAAAUGGCUCACCCCAGCGGAAAAGGAACUCCUCCAAAACCGACUCUCGCAAGACUCUGGCACAGCCGCUGGCAAAGUCGCGGUCCAAGAGAAGUUCCAUUGGGGCGCGCUAAAGGACGCAAUGCUCGACUGGAAGAUUUGGUUCGCCAUCUUGAUCUUCUGGGGAACAACUGUGCCGACGUACGCCUUUGCGUUCACUGCCCCCAAGAUCGUGGCCGAUCUCGGCUACACUGCAGCCAACGCACAGCUCCUGGUCGUGCCAAUUUACGUGCUCGCAGCCAUCACCACUCUCGUAGCCACUCGAAUGUCCGAUCACUACCGUAUUCGAUGGCCAUUCAUCGUUUUCCCCUACUGCUUCGCCGUGAUCGGCUUCGUCGGUCUGCUGGCGAUUCCGCACCCCAAGCUCCCUGGAUUGACCUACGCAUUCUUGUUCUUCAUCCCUGGUGGCUGCUACCCAGGAGUCAUCACCAUGGUCGGCUGGCUCGGCGCCAACCUCGCCCCAACGUCAAAGCGUGCAAUCGGUAUUGCGCUCGGUAUCAGUCUCGCCAACGCCGGAGGCUUGGUCGGCUCGAACAUCUACCUCGAGCAGGAAGCGCCGCGCUACUGGCUGGGCUACGGCUUCAGUCUCGCGUGCGUGUGCACCGGCAUCGUCGCUACGUUGGCCUUGCGCUUCUUCUACAAGAGUGCGAAUGACAAGAGAGACCGGAUGUCAGAGGCAGAAAUCAGGGCCAAGUACACCGAAGACGAACUCCUGCUCUUGGGCGACAAAUCACCGCUGUACCGCUACGUGCUAUAAGCAGAGGAUGAAGUGACGGAUGGGCGUGAAGGACAAGACUAGGAACGUAUAUAUUGGAUUAAGCUUGGUGGGGGUUUGGGUAAUGCGAAGCUUCAACGGCUUCAUGUGAGGAAUGUCUUUUGCUUUUCGAUUAUCACCAAUGAGG